AUGUUCCAGCCAUCGACAUCUUACCCGCACGCCCCGCCCGAUAUCGUCCUCAGCACCACCGAAAGUGCAGAAUGGCGCGUUGUUAAUGAAGGCGCGGAGGAGCAGGAGGUGGAGGUGAGGGAGGUCCAACAACACAUCGCUGGUCGAGAUCCUGGGACAGCGGAGGUACGGAUAGAAGUGCUCUCGCCUACGUCGCUGGGCUUUGUGGACGCGGAUGAGUACCAUCGGCCGAGUGGAAUUCGCGAGGCGUUUAUCGAGGAGGUUGUUGAAGGCGACGUCGCAGAGAAGGAACCGAAGACAAUAGCGGAGGCCGUCGUGACGAUUGAAGCAAAGGUCGAGGAGAAGGACAAGCAAGAUGAGGAGAACAAAGACGCGUCGACUCCCUCUGAACCACACCACGCACCACCUCCAGAACCCAAGCACACGCUAGAUGCGCCAAAUAGGGCCACUGCCCCUCUCGAACCCUCCUCCUCCUCUCCUCCACCCAAAACCCAACACCUCAGACGACCACGAACUCAAUUGGGAUUGACGCACCAACGAACCCCCCACCGCCGCGCAACGUCAAGCGAACAUGGACCGGUGGGUCCCGCUCUUCCGCCAGCCCUUCCUAGAAAUCCUCGGCAUGACUGUCCUACCAUUACAAUAUCUACGAGCUAG